GUUGCACAAGACUCAUAUAUGAGCCAUCCAACAAGGCAGCGAAUGAUGUCUCUGUCUGGCGACAGCGAGUCGGGAUGGCCAGUUUAGAUCGCUACGCUUUCGACCAGUUUCUACGUUUCGAAACCACUGCAACUCUGCUGCAUCAAUAUGACACCCCAGGACGAAAAAAUCCCGAUCGUGUCCUGUUCAAUGAUAAGACCGACCUCGUUACCUUCAGGUUCGACUAUGGAGAAACAAUCAUCUCUCUAGUCAUGCUAAAUGGCCUUGAAAACUACUUUUUUCUCAAAGGCAUCACCAGGAUCGGAGUAGAGUGGGAUUUCCUCCGACGGGUUAAGGGAAGCAAGUCCUUUCAGCCCUUUCGCUGCGUGCGUGGGGAGGGCGGCUGUUUACACCCAACGGACCACCCAGCGGAAAUUUGCAAUAAAAGUGUGUGCCGAUUCCUUCGAUGGUUCCGCGAUCUUCAAGAGUUCUACCUCAUUUGCCCGACCAAGAAAAGUAUGAUGACGGCGGAAUCCGAGGCUCAGCACUUUUGUCCGCGCAAACUAGAAGGACUAUUCCCAAAGAAAGAAAAUACUGUUAUAACGAAAACCGGCGUUGACGUCUUUAGACGGUUACAGGAAAUUGCACAGGAGAAGGGUCUCAAGGAAUUUUGCAAUCGCACUGGGGCAUACUGUGAAAUUCGUCUCGAAGAUACCCAAAAUCUUUUCCACCCCACGCCCGACCCCUGGCUUCUUCUAUCAGGGCUGAAGGAUGAAUGGUAUUCAAGACGGCCAUCUCAUCCUGGACAAGCAAAAGUCAAGUUCAAAAUGCUUGCUUGGAGCGACUUGCGAGGCGUAACUGUCGGUGAAGACGGCCCGGUGCUACGAACCGCAGGGCCAUGGAAGUAAAAUCUGAGCCAUCAUAUGGCUAUCUACUAUGCCCUUAUCAGAAGACAUCUCAUUGCCAUACCAGACGGAUGGAUAAACUGCUGGAGGAUUGAAUAGGACCC